CCUCUCAACCUCACGAAACGCCCACCAUGGCUGAUAUUGUAGAAACCAUCACCGUCGAUGAUGAGCCCGUCGCCACCUCCACCUCGCUCCCAGAAGAGGCCUCUCCAGAACCCCAAACCGCCCUCACCACCGCCCCUUCGAAAAAAGUCAAGAAGAUAAUCCGCAAAAAGCGGCGUCCCGCCCGGCCCCAAGUCGACCCCGCCACCUUCAAGAGCGAGAAACCCCCACCCACCGGCACAAUCUUCAACAUCUGGUACAAUAAAUGGAGCGGCGGCGACCGCGAGGACGCCUACCUCUCCAAAACCGCCGCGCCCUCGCGCUGCAACGUCGCCCGCGACUCCGGCUUCACCAAAGCCGACUCGACACCCGGCAGCUACUUCUGCCUCUUCUUCGCGCGCGGCCUAUGCCCCAACGGCCAGGAAUGCCAAUACCUGCACCGCUUGCCGGGGAUCCACGACAUCUUCAACCCGAAUGUGGAUUGUUUCGGGCGCGACAAGUUCUCCGACUACCGCGAUGACAUGGGUGGUGUGGGGAGCUUCCUACGGCAGAAUCGCACACUCUACGUCGGCCGCAUCCACGUCACGGACGACAUAGAGGAGAUCGUUGCGCGGCACUUCAAUGAGUGGGGCCAGGUGGAUCGCAUACGGGUGCUCACAGCACGAGGUGUGGGCUUCGUGACCUAUACCAACGAAGCGAACGCUCAGUUUGCAAAAGAAGCUAUGGCGCAUCAGGCACUUGAUCAUGCGGAAAUUUUGAAUGUCAGGUGGGCCACGAUGGAUCCGAAUCCGCAGGCACAGAAGCGAGAAGCGCGGCGGAUAGAGGAGCAGGCGGCCGAGGCGAUUCGGCGGGCGCUGCCAGCUGACUAUGUGGCGGAGAUUGAGGGGAGGGAUCCAGAGCAGAAGAAGCGGAGGAAGAUUGAGGGGAGUUUUGGGUUACAGGGCUAUGAGGCGCCGGAUGAUGUGUGGUAUGCGAAGGAGAAGGCGGCGUUGGAGGCGGCGGCGGACGGGCAGUUGCUGGAUGGGCCUGAGGAGCAGAAGUAUAUCGAAGCUCCUGCGGAGUCGGGAGCACAGGCGCAAGGGAAUGCGAGUGGUGGGAACGGGAUACUCUCGGGUUCGACGUUAGCAGCGCUGAAGGGUUACUCUGCGACCACGGCGAAGAAGCCCGCGCCAGCCGUGGGGCCUCUGGUGGGUUACGGGAGCGAUGAUGAUAGCGACUGAGCUGUAGGACAUACAGGCUAGUUAUUUGGUCAUGACGUUGGGGCUUUGUAAUAUACGGGUUCAGGGGCGCCUCAAAAUGAUACCACAGAUUCAUUCUUCAUUCAACAGUCAUGUUGGCAGGCUUGAUCCCGCCGGGCUAAUUCGCGGUCGGUUCAAGGACGGUUUACUUAAUUAUAAUGGCGAUACUGUAAGCUUGAAUAAUGGUCACGUUGAACUGAGAAUUUGGUUCUCUGCGGUUUAACAAAUAUGGGUGGCGCUGUGUGAGGUGCUCCAACGCG